AUGGUGAACAAGAGAAACAGUGAUAAAAGCCAGACGCCACCAAGGAGAAUAAGAACGCAAGUAAGAGAGCAAGAAUUGAAAAACGCACCAACCGGCCAACGCGUAGCCACACGACAGCUAGUUCCACCUGAUGUGAGUUUUGCAGAAAACAUCUAUAUAACGGAAGCGCUAUUUUUUUGUCUGACAUAUUAUGUCACCCCAGCAGUUCCCAGCUUUUUAUGCAGAAAACGUCUCGUUUCACGAACGGCGACCGAUUACGACUAUGCGGACAUGAUUCAGACAUUAAGGUACUAUAAAAACAUUGACAGAAAUCUUCUUCACGCUCCCAUCUGCAACGUGGAAAUCGGCAAAGCCAUCCGUGCCAGAAACGAAAUCUGCCACCUCAACCUAGAAGCAAUCAAACAAAAUUGGGCCAGUAAUCUAUCAACAUGGACAAUCCUUUGUCGAAGCGUCGGUGAUGCACAUGGUGCCAGUAAUGUGCAAACUGUUUACAAUCGCCUUAGGAGAGGUCAGUAUCAACAGGCGAUCGACGAAAAACCAUUUCGUUUCACAGUUGGCGCUUACAAUGAAAACACGGCAUUUGGAUUAAGUUUAAUUCUUUACAGUUGUCUCGCUAGAUACGUUGGACCAUCUCUUCGCAAAUUUUUGAUCAGAGAUAAACAGCAAACUACAUCAACGAGCUUCGAUGUUUAUAAAAAUUUGAAGGAUACUAUCGAACAGCAAAAAAUUGAUCAAAAUUAUCUCGCAAAAGGUGCGUCCAAGCGAAUUGAUAUGGAGCUGCUAAGAGUUGCAAUGGAAGGUAGGAAUACAAUAUGCCACGGCAAAUAUUCUCUUGUUUUUAGCCAAUGGAAAACGUACCUUCAGUCGUGGGUAAGGCUAUUGAAAAUUAUUAAUAUGAAAGCGGCAGCUGAGGAAAUGCAAGAAGUUCUCGACUUUCUAGCUGUUUCCAGGAGUCAUUUUCGACAGAUUCGACCUUCAAGGAUAUUUUGUCCAAUGCAAUCAUCCUGUUCAGCGUAGCGACAAAAUUAUCAAUAACAUUCUCUUUGUACGGC